CAGAUGUUGAUUUGCUUUCUUCACUAUUAAUAGAAUUGAUUAAGACAAGCACCUAGGAAUUCACGACUCCUGACAAAAGCAACAGCUGCUUGAAGCUCUAAUCCAAUUCCAUGGCUCACAGCACGAAGAGAGUCUAUCCUCCUUUUCCAAGGGUGAGAUCAGCAGCCCUUUUGGAGGCAGCAAUAUAUCUAAGAUCAGUAAAGACCGCAUUAAGGGGCGACCAAGAGAAAUGUGCUUCAUUUACAAAACUCAUGGAAGACUACUUGCACCAUAGGGUUACUGUGGAGCAAGUGGUGUCAGUAGUGAAGGAGCUAUUCAGAGACCAUGAAGAACUGAUUGUCGGUUUCAACGACUACUUGCCUGAAGAACACAGGAUUAGUGUUCCAGUCCAAGACAUCUGAGAGAUAGCAGCUCUAGACAAAAUGUAGAGAUUGAUCCAGAGAAGGAACAAGCUAUAGGGCCAGAGACAUAUGGAAUAUUCCUGUCUACCUGUUUCUCUAUCUUCCAUGUAUUACCUAUUAGCUUUUUGGACUUGGGUUUAGAUGUGAUCUUCAACUGUGUGUUCAGAAUUCCAUUUGAUAUUUUUGAGAUAGUGUAACA